ACGCUGUUUUUUUCAACCAGUCCGUUGAAAGCCUGGAUCAACCAUGGAAAUGCCGCAACUGGCUGCAAUACUGGAGCAGCCCAACUCAACAUAUAGUGGAAGCAGCAACGUCAACAGUACUGACACAGUCACAGAGCAUCUGAACAAUGAAAAACAUAAUGAACAUAUUACAACUCAAUUGCGACAGUUUGGAAGGCCCACGUUGGUAGUUUCGGAGGAAGAAGGGGCUGCUUCCAGUACAUCGUACUCAUUUUCGGGGAGUUCUCUUGCUGGUGGAAACAUUGCUGAUUUGAAUAAAUCUGACGAUUCUGGGACUGCACAGUCAGUACCGACUGACUCUGAGCCAGGCUUAAGUGCUGAUAAAAAGGAAACAACUGGCAACAGUUCUAACGAUAAGGAACAUAGUGAUGAAUCACUUUAUGAGUGUAACAUAUGCUUGGACACAGCAAAAGAUGCCGUGGUUAGCAUGUGCGGACAUUUGUUCUGCUGGCCCUGCUUACACCAGUGGCUAUUGACGCGUCCCAGUCGUAAACUCUGCCCCGUAUGCAAGGCUGCAGUUGACAAAGACAAAGUCAUACCACUUUAUGGUCGAAAUAGCACGCGGCAAGAGGAUCCUCGCAAUAAAGUUCCCCCACGACCCGCUGGCCACCGCACCGAGCCAGAACCGGUGCCUGGUUUCCCUGGCUUUGGAUUUGGUGAUGGGUUUCAUAUGUCGUUUGGCAUUGGCGCUUUUCCUUUUGGUUUUAUUACAUCUUCACUUAAUUUUGGUGAACCGCGUCCGCCUGCUGCCAAUCGCGGCACCACGCAAUACGAAGACGAACAGACACUUUCCAAGCUGUUUCUUUAUUUGGCUUUUCUGUGCAUCGGAUGGUUACUCUUUGCAUAAAAAUCACACAGCCGUAUAUGAAAAUGAGAACAACACCAUUGACAUUAAACCGUUAAGGAAAAUCGCAAAACAUCAAAAAGCAGUUCCAGCAGCGGAAUUUCAGCAAUUACGAAACUAUCACACACCAGUGCAUUGAAAUCCGAGUUUACUGGUUAUAAUGCGAUCAAUUCACAAAAAAUAUUCAGCGUCCUGAAUGAAAAAACCACAAAAAGGGUUUAGUUGUGGGUGUGGCCCCACAAUAUUAUUAUUAAAAAACCAAUUAUUUCUGUAUGCUCUGGAUCGCCUUUAUAUAUUGAUAAUUAUAAAUUAGUUGUAAAUUAUAAACGGAAAUACAUACAUAACCAAAUGACGAAAUUUCUCAACUGA